GGAUAUUACAUUUUAAAUUGAAUAACAUUCUUCCUUAUUCAUAGCUGAAAAUGUCAAAAAUAGAAACAGAAGAUCACAGAGCAGUACCUUUUCGGUCUUCCUUAAUACCCUUAACUAAAGCCAUAAAUGUAUCACAGCAAAGCAACUCUGAAGGCACCUUCAAUGGGGAUACCUUUCACUCAAUUUACAAGUAUAUUUCAAAUGAUUUAACAAGGGAGUUAAUGUCAUCCCAGGCAAAAGCAGUUAUUAAAACUACUGAAGAUUAUUGGCAGCCUCAGUUUGGCCCCAACAGACUUUUGCUUUCAGCAGCAAUAUCAGAAGGGUCAGGAUUUCAAGAUUGCUCCACACAUCAAAAAGCAUCAGAUCAUAGCCAUGAUGAGAUAUCAGACCCCGAGAGCUACAAAUCAAACAGUAAAAACAAUUCUUGUUUUAUAUCAGCAUCCAAGAGAAACAGGCCUGUCAGUGCUCCAGCGGGUCAACUGAGAGUCACAGAGUUCUCUUCAAAAUUUCAGUCAGCUCAGAAUUGGAAUAGAAUCUCUCAAAGACAUAAACUUCAACCCAAAGUGAUUCGAGUAACAGCUUACAAAAAUGGAUCUGUAACAGUCUUUGCCAAAGUUACUGCACCAACCAUCACCUUGUUGCUGGAGGAGUGCACGGAAAAGCUGCGUCUGAACAAGGCCGCACGACGAGUGUUCCUGGCAGACGGCACUGAAGCCCUCAAACCUGAAGAUAUACUCUGUGAAGCCGAUGUUUAUGUUUCCAUGGGAGAGCCCUUUUUAGAUCCAUUCAAAAAAAUUAAAGACCAUCUGUUGUUAAUGAAGAAAGUAACUUGGACAAUGAAUGGGCUGAUGUUUCCUACUGAAGUCAAAAGACGGAAAACCAAGCCUGUUCUUUCCAAUAGAAUGAAGAAACUUACUGGGAAGACCUCAGUCCGAAUUCUGUUCUUUAAGAAUGGCAUAGGGCAAGAUGGGCAUGAGAUUGCAGUGGGAAAGGAAACAAUGAAAAAGGUUUUAGACACUUGCACAAUGAGAAUGAACCUAACUUCACCAGCCAGAUAUCUUUUUGAUUUGUAUGGCAGAAAAAUUAAAGAUAUUUCAAAAGUUCCUCUGCUUGAAAAACACCUGCAAAAUUCCAUCACACCUUUGCGGGGACCAGUUUGGGUCUCUAAGGGAGAAGGUUUCAGCCCCUCAGGAGCUAAGAUGUACAUCCAAGGAGUUCUUUUGGCCUUGUACCAACGUUUAAAGUCUGCAAAAAAAUACUAUAAACAGUUAAACCUGGCCUUGGAUAAACAGGAAGAGAAAAUUGCAGAAAAAGUUAUUUCAGUGACAGCAGAGGAACACCACAAGGCACAGGAAGAAGUGAGCAGGCUGAUUGAUGAAUUGCAGACAGCUAUCAAAAGCAACAGAGGUCAUCUCUCUAAACUCAGCCCCCAAUUACAGGCUGAGCAGGAGCAAUUCUCCUCUUAUGUCUACCAACACAUUAAAAGCCUUCCAGCAAACGCUCUUAUCCCAAGAGGCCUGCAGCUCAAGAUAUUUGAAAGUGGUAAAGACACUGGAGAGCUCUCUAUUUUUAUCAGCAAAAAAGAUCUGGGGUCUAAUAGCCCAAACCAAACUGGCAAUAUGAUGGAAAAAUUACUUCUCAAGAUUCAUCAAAGGCUUCAAGGAUCUUCCAUCAACCCACCAGGCCUCAAUUUUUCUUCAAUCCAGCUUUUCGAUGAGCAAGGUCAAGAAAUUAAGAAUCCACUUUUGUUGAAGAAUGAGCAAAAAAUUUGGGUCUCUUACGGUAAAGGAUACAGCUUUGAUUUUUUUUUUUCAUUUUUCAGGUCUCCACUGAACCCUGUUUUGAGUUUGACCUUUGACCAGGUGACUGCAUUUGCCAGAGGUGGCGUUACGAUUGCAUAUAAAACCUUCUUGGAUCCUAAUACUGUUCUGCUACCUGGAUGUGAUAAUUGGGAAGUUUGUGAGGGAUUUCCAAUGAAUUUUAAUGCCAGCAGUCAACGGAUACCUGAUCAAUUUGAAAAGGUGGACUUGGAGGACCAUUUCCUAAGAAACAAGGUGGAUCCCAAUAUUGUCCUUCAUGCCUCGGUUUCCAUUGCAAAGAGCAGUUACUCAAGUAGUGAAGUGAGCAGCGGAUGUCAGAUGGUGCCAUCAACACUGUGGCCUGCAGCCAGUGUGUGGCUGAUCACGAAGGCUGGAAUGAUCCUGAGCCGCGCAGUGACGCAGGGCUGUCUCGCUAUUGGUCAUCCAAUCAGCAUCAAGGCCACUGAGGGACCGGCACUAGAAGGAUAUAAAUUAAUCCUACAGAAAAGACAUAAAGAAGAUGAUUUUCAGAAGUGGGUGUUUGGAACUGACAGCUGUAUUUAUUCAAAGGCUUAUCCUCAGUUUGCUCUGACCUACCUGGAGGAGCUAACUGCACAAAUGGAUGUGAGCCAGACAGAGAACCGCGUUCACUGCGGCGCCUGGACCACAGCUCAUCAGGAACAUGGCAGCAGCUUAGCAGAAGAGGCUCUGCAAAAAAGUGCCAGCAUCCCUAGUUUGAAGCAACUGCCAGAGCCUUCAGACACCGAUUCAAUGCCAGAAGGUCCUCGCGGGGAGUCAGGGCCGCUGACAGUGGCGCUGGUGAGGAGACUGGGAGAGAAGCAUCCCAAGGCUGCCGCUCAGAGGUGGGCCAUAAAACACGCAGGGACCAGUAAGCCAGGCCAGUGGAAGCAUUCCAAAGUUGAAAAUCCUCUCUGGAAUAAGCUUACCUACAUGUGGCCAGUCCUUCCCAGUGGCCAGCUGAAUGAGGAGUUUGAUUGGCCAAUAGAAGGAAUGCUUGUUCCAAACAGCCCUUCCAUGAAGAAACCCACCUGUAAGUCACCGGAACAGUAUGUCCCUAUGAGACUCAGAGUUUUGAGGAAUGGAGACAAGAAUAAAAACAGAGCCCCUGUUAUAAUCAGUCCAGAUGCCUCACCUGGACGAAAAAUGCAAAAUGUUGACAUUGAAAUGAAAGACAAUGUGAAAAAUUCUGUCACUAAAUAUUCUGAAAGUGAAACAAAUCAGACUGAAUUUCAUCAACUUUUGGAGAGGUGUACUGAAAUUUUAAAUUUACCUUCUGCAGCUCGGAGACUGUUCAGUGAAAAGGGGAAGGAAAUCUUUACUCUAAAAGACCUUCAAAGAGAUGAACUGGUGUAUGUUUCAUGUGGAGAACAUUGGAUCAACCCUGACAUGUCUAUUGCUCAUCAAAAGAAACAAAUCUUCCUGAGGAACUUAGCAUCAGAUAUUUCUAAAAUUCAAACCUUCUGCAGUACACAUAAGAUAGAGGCUCUUGUUUUAGAAGUCCAAAGUGACAUUGCGUCUGGAGCCAAGCUUGCUGUGUGUAAACCUGCAGCAACUUUUGAAGAAGAGAAGCAAAUUAUAGAACCAGAGGAAAAGCAAACGCAAAAAAAUGCUUUAACAACGGAAAGUGCUUCCAGUAAAAUUCUAGAUGCACAUGCGAGAGCCCAUCUCCGAAUGAAGGCCUGUCACGUGCCUCUCAGGUACGCCUGGCAGGAAACUUCUAACCUUGAUGAAGGUGACAGUUCUCCAAAGAAAAUGGAGGGGCAGCUCUUUGAAAAUGCGGAAUCGCAGAGGAAAUCCAGCCAUUCUCCAAAGCAGAGUAAAUUGCAGAAGCUUUGCCGCCAGCAGUUUGAAUACAGAGAUGGGCAAAUUAUAAGCUAUGCCUCUCCUCAGCUAGUCUUGGGUGUGCAAGGUCCCAACCUGCAUUCAGGUAUGGAAGUGGUUUUGGUGGAGAAAAAAGCCAAUGACAGUCAUCAACGCUGGAUGCACAAGGAAGAUAGCAGGACCUUUCACUUGGUGAGGAACCCAGACCUUGUGCUGGCAGUGUCUAUGACCAAGACAAGAAAUGAAGUCUGUGGCUAUCCAGUUAUUGUUCAGAAAUAUAAACCCUAUAACAAUGGGACUUCCAAUCAAAAGUGGAAUUACAUUGAACAUACGAAAGCUUUUAUGGCCUUUCAUAGCACUGCACUGGAUAAGGAAAUCACAGCAGCAAAUCAUGCUGGAAUUUGUACAUCCUCUGUGGUUAAAGAAGAAAACAUUGAUCAACCAGGAUACUAUUAUCUCACACCUGCUGGAAAGAUUAUGCUGUGCUUGGCAUGCGGACGAUCCAUGAGAGCAGAGAAGGGACUGAAACAGUUGCUUCCAGGGCUGCCCUUCCUCUGUGCCUCGGGCUCCAAGACCCAGAAGCCCUUCUCUCGAGGGCCUUUCAAGGUCAUCCAUGUGGCCAAGGCUGAUUUAUCUUCUUAUGAGGCUGAGAAAACUCUAAGUUAUUAUGAAGAACAUCUAUUAUCUUUACGGAUGAAGACCUGCACACAAGUUGUAUCUCAUAGUGGUAUGGCAGCUACGCACCAGAAGACAGUGAAAAUAAUUGCAUACAAAAAUGGAGAUGGGUAUCGAAAUGGGAAGUUAAUUGUGGCUGAAACAUUCCCCAUGCUUCUCACAGAAUGCACGGAACAGCUUGGUCUCGCCCGGGCGGCCUCCAAAGUGUAUACCAGAGAUGGAACUGCAGUCCUUUCCUUGCGUGAUUUGGUUUUAUGGGCUCUAGAAGAAUCUCUCAUCCACAGAGACUCCAAAGAACAAAAGAAGGAGGUGGUCCCUGUUGGAGCAAAGGAGAUGACUAUUAAAAGUAUGGGAGAAAACCCAAGACUAAAGGUGAAAAACAAAUCAUUUCCAAAGUCUGUGACAUUUGAUAGUUUGGAUGGUAUAGAUGAGUCUUUUUUUACCGUCAUUCACAGAAAUCCCAUUGCCAUCUGGGUAUCUUGUGGUGAACCGUUUUUAUCUCCGAAUGCUUUGCAGAAGGCAGAAAAAGAAGAAAAACAGAACUGGCUGGAAAAGGACAAAAUUUUGGCUGAUUUAGACAUCAUGAAACACAAAAUGAGACAGUUAAAAGGGCGGCGAGUGGCCGCACGGCAGCCGGCCACCAUGGUUCCCAACAAAAACCCCGUGCGACCGGUGGUGCUGGAAGGAGGCUGGGCUGAGCAAACUCCAGAGGAAAUUAAACUCAUGGCACUUAUAAGACAGACGGAGGCACACCUUUCUGAAGUUCAAGAACAGCAAUCCAAGAGAAGUUCUCCAAAUGCAACUAAACAUACAGCACUCAAGCAGAGUGGCCUGUACAAGCAACCCGAUGCAAAACGAGUCUGGAUUUAUCUAAAUGGAUGCAGACCUGAGGAUGGCACUUACGCCUGGGGCAAAACUAUGUCAGAGCUGCUGGAUGCCUGCUCCUCUCGUCUGAAAAUGGCCUGCCCAGUCAGAGCCCUGUACACUCUGGAAGGAGAACUGAUUCAGUCGUGGGACGACAUAGAGCGAGACAUGGUCAUCUGUGUGUCCCCAGGACGUGGUUUCAUAACCCCCAAAGAGUUAAAACAACUGAUGGAGAUCAGAGCAAAUUAUGCCAGAAUCCGAAGGCAGCAGGGCCCAGGAGCCACAGACAUUGUGGUGUCUCCAUCCACGAAGGUGCAGAAGCUGGAAAGAAAACUUUCUUCACCUACUUGUAAAUAG